AUGCGGACGCCGGUGGCCUACAAGGCGCGGCAGCGGGCGUCGCAGGAGGCGCUCGCGCGCAGCAUGAACUUCGCCGUCAGCGGUGUCGGGGUGCUCGACACCGGCAACUUCCAGCGCAACAUCAGCCCGCAGAUCGACCUCUUCCAGGCCAUGCACCACAGCCAGCAGCGGGACUGCAGCAAGCGUACUGUGCUCGUCGUCGUCUCGGGCAAUGACUACGCCUACGCUGCCGACAAGGACAACGGCACCAGCGCGGCGAUCGCUUACAUCCCGACGGUGGUGCGGGAGCUCCGGGAGCAGCUCCGGCGGCUGCGCAACGAGGUGGGGAUGCGCAGGGUGGUGGUGACCAACCUGCACCACAUGGGCUGCACGCCUAUCUUCACCCGCCCGCUCAAUUACACCAGCUGCGACCUGCUGGCCAACGCCGGCGCUGCCCAGCACAACGCUGCGCUCCGGUCGGUCCUCGGCACCCUCGACCCCAAUAACCGCACCUUCCUCCUCCUCGACGUCCACAUCCCCUUCGCUGCCUUCCUCCUCGACAAUGACAACAACGAUGGCAAUGUCAAGAGGUUCGCGAGCACGCUGCGGCCAUGCUGCGAGAGCUUCAGGCCCGACGGCUACUGCGGCGAGGAGGACGAGAACGGCACGCGGCAGUACACGCUCUGCGACGACCCCGGCCGCUACUUCUACUGGGACGACGUGCACCUGACGCAGGCCGCCUAGGCCGCCGUGGCGCGC